AUGUCAACAAAACACUAUUUCUCAGAAGCAGCUGCAAACUCUUUGGUACCCCGAGCACUAAGGUCCCUUGUGACAGCAAACCCCCAUCUAAUCUCAAACGAGCCCGAACGUGUUGUAGCUAAUCUACAUCACGACCCCUCAAAAGUCGCCAUCAUCAGUGGCGGUGGUUCAGGCCAUGAGCCCUCCUGGAGCGGGUUCGUCGGUGAAGGCCUUCUCUCAGCAGUAGCAUGUGGCGACAUCUUCGCUUCACCAAGCACCAAACAGAUCCUAGCUGCCAAGAAGCUGGCACCAUCUACCAAGGGAACCAUCCUUCUCAUUACGAACUACACUGGGGAUCGACUUCACUUUGGUCUUGCUGCUGAAAAGGCAAAAGCUGCAGGAUCCGGGGAAGACUAUCUGGUUCUUCCAGCUACUGAUGAUGUUUCUAUUGGGAGAAGCAGAUCGGAACGAGUGGGAAGAAGAGGCAUGCCUGGUCAUGUAUUCACGAUGAAAAUUCUCUGUGCUGCCGCCGCCGAGGACUGGUCUUUCGAACAAUGUGUGGACCUAGGCCGAGCAGUAAAUGACAACACCGUCUCAAUCGGAUCAUCGCUUGACCACUGCCAUGUGCCGGGUCGUCAAUACCAGAGAGUCGCCGACGAUAUUUGCGUUAUCGGAGCCGGUGUUCACAAUGAACCCGGCCAACAACUCGUUUCUCCUUUCCCAACAGUUGAGACAGUUAUAAAGUCUUGUUUGGAGCUUCUAUGUGACAGCAGCGAUCCAGAACGAGGAUUCUGCAAAUUCACUCAAGACGAUGAGGUUUUACUGCUGGUCAAUAACUAUGGUGGUCUUUCAAACCUGGAGCUUGGUGCGUUAGUGGACGAGAUUCAGCAACAGCUUGCUUCAACAUGGUUUAUUCAGCCAGUUAGGUGUCUAUCAGGAUCGUUUGAGACCUCUUUGAAUGCACCGGGUUUCUCGAUCUCGCUCUGCAAUCUAUCAGCUUCUGCAAGCCUUUGCAAGACAACAACCGCGACAUUACUCGGGCUUUUUGACCGGCCUACAACAGCUGUUUCAUGGCCAAACCUUGCCAGACCGUCACAGAAGCUUGAGUCUCGAAGCGAAGGAAAGCAAAAUGGUCACGCAAAUGGAAACGAGUCUGCUGCUGCCACCAAGCAGUAUGACUCAGUGGAUCCCUCAUUACUUGAGAGGUGCAUCCGAUCAGCAUGUAAGAAAGCCAUCCUAGCUGAGCCAAAGCUCACUGAGUGGGAUAUGAUGAUGGGUGAUGGUGAUUGUGGUGAAGCAGUGAAAGGAUUGUGCGAAUCAGUGAUUCGAAAACUUGACGAGGGACAUGCUGCCCCAGACUCUGUUGUGUCGUUCCUCGAAGCAAUCACCGACACAGUUGAUGACAUGGGCGGAACCCUAGGUGCCAUCUUUGGCAUUCUCCUCACAGCUCUCAACAACGCCCUCAAGCGUCAACUCUCAGGUCAGAAAGUCACCAAGGCAAUAACUGCUGAGAUCUAUGCUGAAGCGCUUCAUGUUGCUGUCGAGUCUCUCAAGACUUGCACGACGGCAAGAGAGGGAGACCGCACCGUGAUGGAUGUUCUUUUGCCGUUUUCGGAUGAGUUUGUGAAGACAAAGAGCUUUGAAGCUGGAGUCGUGAAGGCCAAAGAGAAGGCAGAGGCUACGCGAUAUCUGAGACCGAAACUUGGAAGGGCUUUGUAUGUUGGUGAGGCUAGUAAGCAGCAGGUACCUGACCCGGGAGCCUGGGCACUUUCCGAGAUACUUAGCGGUAUGGCAGAAAACUUAUAG